AUGUCACCCGGAAAUCAAAUCUUCCUCAUUGGUCCAGGAUUUAUCGGCGGAGAAGUCCUAGAUAUUUUGCUUCAAGAAAGUUACGAAAUUACGGUACUUGUUCGUCGACAAGCGGCUGCAGAGGAGCUUGAAAAACUUGGUGUCAAGACAGUGAAAGGAUCUCUCGCCGACUCAGAAAUCAUCGCCAGACAGGCUUUCUUGAGCGACAUUGUGAUUCAUACGGCGACCGCAGACGAUCUUGUCUCAGUAGAAGCCGUCAUCCAAGGUAUCACUCGGCGCGUGGAAAAUGGCAGUACCGCGAUUUAUAUUCACACGAGUGGAGCGGGCCUGCUUGGUGAUAAUUCCGAGGGGUCCUUCGAAAGCCAAAACAUCUUCGAGGACGAUAAACCAGAAGAGAUUGAUGCAGUUUCUGAUGAGGCACAACAUCGUAAGAUUGAUCUAGCCAUCGUCAAUGCAAGCAGAAGUCUCGGGCCAAAAGCAAAGCUGGCUAUCAUGAUACCUCCUCUUAUUUAUGGAGUUAGCUCCCGCGAAAAGCGACUAUCAAUCCAGCUACCUACUCUGAUUCGAUUUGCGAUAAAGCAUGGCUACUCUGGACACAUUGGAAAUGGCUUAUCCAAGUGGUCACAAGUACAUGUCCGCGAUUUGGCAAGGGGAUAUGUGACGUUGCUGCACUCGCUUCAGAAUAACCAGAUGGACGUGCAGAAUCCUUACUUCUUUUGUAGCAAUGGGAAGGAUCUUUCCUGGGCUGAUUGCGCUGUGGAAAUUGGCAAGAUAUUGUAUCAGGAAGGCAAAAUUGAGAGCCCUGAACCCAGAAGCAUACCGCGGGAGUUGUACACCGACCUCUUUGGGCCAGACUCGUCAGUGGUAGUUGGUUCAAAUUCAAGAAUUCAAGCUAAUCGAUUGAGACAUCUUGGGUGGGAGCCAAGAGAGAAAGGGACUCUCGCCUCCUUACUUGAUGAAAUUCCUAUAACAAUUCGGGAACAAGGACACUUUUCCGGGUAUUCUGGAUUUGUAGGUUCGGAAGCACAGCGGGACUGA